AUGUCUCCCAGUCUACCCUCGCCGUCGUCGCUCACCUCGCUCCCCCAGGAACAACAGUUCCAGGUCCUCGAUACGCUUUUUGAGCCAUCCCCGGAGCUACAUGCGCUCAUAGCUCCUGUUCUGGCCAAUCAGACGUUCUCCUCGUAUGCUAGUCUGAUUGAUGCCGUCGGAGGCCGCAUGUCCGCUCUAUCCGCAGCGAAUUCGCCGACUGAUAAAGCUGUUCUCGUCGGGAUUUUGGGAUCGCAUCCCCGUCUGGGACGACCGAAGGUGGCACAAUCUGAGCAUAUAAGUGAAUUGAGCAAGAAGGAACAAGCGCAGUUGAACACAGGAGCAGAGGAACUAGCGGAACGAUUGCGGUUGCUGAAUGCUGAAUACGAGGAGAAAUUCCCUGGAUUAAGAUUUGUAACUUUUGUCAAUGGACGGAGCCGAGAUGUUAUCAUGGUGGAGAUGCGACAAAGGAUUGACAGAGGUGAUGCCGAGAGGGAGAUAGAAGAAACUAUCCAGGCAAUGUGCGAUAUAGCUAAAGACCGGGCGCGAAAGUUGGAACAGCUGUCGCGGAUAUAG